GAAUAAAAAGAUUGGGUGUCAUUACAAUUAUUAAAGGAGUUAGGCUUUUUUUUUUUAAAAAAAUAAAAUAAAAUUAUAAUUUGGAACGUUCCACCUAAAUCCAAUUGUGGAUUUUUCCAGUUUAAAUAAAUCCAAAUUGUGCAGAAAAACAAACCCGGCGAGAAACAUUUUUUAAAAGGACUUAGGGUUGCUGUUUAGGUUACCCUUAGAUCUGUCCAUUCCCUUCCUCCGGUUCUCUCCCCCCGCCUUAUCUCUCUUCCUCUUGACUUCGGCGGCAGGUUUAGUAUUGUUUUCAAUUUUAUAAUUUUUUUUCUUUUUUUUUUUUUGGUUUGUUGAUGAUAAUCGGUCUCUGUCAAGACUCAAAAACGGUGAAGGGAAAUUAGGGGUUUUUUUUUUAUAUAUAUAUAAAACGGUUUUUCAUCAAUUGGAUAUCAAAAGGCGGCGAUUUGGACUAUUGAGAUUGUUAAUAUAAUCCCACCCCUCCCUAUAAACUACUGGAUUCGAACUAUUUGUUUCUUAUGUAAUAAUGGGAGGAUCGCAGAAAUCAAAAAGGGUUAGUUGGCCUUCAGAUGAUAAUCUUUGUCAGGUGAGGCUGUUUUUGUCAGAAGAAUCGCCUGCACAAGUAGGUUUUGGUUCUCAGGAUCACCUCCAAGCAAAGAUAUGGCCAUUAAAUUCAAAUUCCUUGGUGUCUGAUGAGAAUUUGCCACCUGGUUUUGAAGGAACACAACCUGCAAACAACUUGUGGAAUAAAUUGCCUCAAAUACCUCUCAUAAAAUGGCGUUGUCCUCCAAGAGUUAGUUACUUUUCCUCACUAAUACUGCUAUAUUUUCUUGUUAUGAGCAUCUGAAUGGAGAACCGAGAAACUGUAUCAGGAACUUAUUUUACAUGUCCGAUUGUGUGAUUAUUAUGCCCUGGUGCAGAAAUAUUACCAUUCCCUGUCAGGUUUUUUUUUGCUACAUCAUUAUUAUGCCAUGGAGCAGAAAUAUUACUAUUCUCUGUCAAGUUUUUUUUUUUUUUUGCUACAUUUGUGAUGGAUGAUUGAUCUGGUGUGCCAGUUUCAUGAGAGGGGAACAACCAUAUAUAGUUACAGAUGAAUGAUUAGUUUUCUCAUCCCAAUGCCCACCACCCACCCCGCCCCAAGUGAUAUGUUAGUGAUAUAAGUGUUAGUUAGAAGUGGACCAGAAUAAAUGGGGGAGGAGAUGGAAUUAUAUGUCUGUUUUUUUCAAGCCUUUGUCUGUAUGGACACUUUGGACCUGUCAGAUUUCUUAUUGAGCUUAUUGGAACUUGUUCUACUGAUUUUUGUUGAAAUUCGGUAUUAUUAUGAAUACAACUGAAUGUCUCAGGAGUACUGAGUUUUUGUAAGAUUUUUGGUUUCUCCUGGAAUUUGAGUUUUGAAGAACAGUAUCUCUUAAGUCGUUAAAGUUAUAGACACGUGAUUUUGUGUUUAUAAAUUUGGGUCUACCUAACUGGUUGCUGCUAGUAAUCCCUGCUCUUUGAGUUCAGUUGGUGAAGUAAUCAUUUGAAUGUGUCCGCUUGCAAGUUUUAUUAUGAGGAAGAGAUGUACCACUCGAGCUAGACUUUUCAAUCAUAGUUGUUAGUUAAUGAUGAAAAGAAUCAUGUACGUUUCUUGGUUUUAACUUUUGGCUUUCUCAUGUUACAGUUUCAUUUGGACGAAGCUUGGAGAGUUGUGGCUGGGGAUGAGAGCACGGAAUUUGAAAGAGAAAACAAUCGUGUUAACAAAGUGCUUGAGGCAAUUUAUCCACGGGAAUCUGCUAUUCCUCCAGAUCCUUCUAAUGGAGUGGGUCUGGAAGAUUCUUUUGCAAAUGAUAAACCCCCUAUUCUUAUUCCCAUCACUCCUAUUGAAGAUGAAGAUGCACCAUCAGCUACAGAUGGUUACCUUGAUUCUGGAAUUCCGAUGGGCCUGCCUACCCAGACAGAGUCAUCUUUAGCUUCUUCCUCACGUUAUGCUCCCCCUGCCCAUGGAGGCCUAUCAUCCGAGAUCAUUCCAGGAGUGGAUCCUGCUGUUGUAUCGGCUGCAAAUGCUGCCUUGAGUGCUGUCAUGUCAAACAACAAUCAAGCAAAUCUGAUUGACCGCGAGUUGCUCAUAAAGAUUCUCAGUGACCCGAAAAUGGUUGAGCAGUUGGUUAAGAAUCACGGAACUGCCUCCACCACCACGACGCAGAGUGUGCCAGCCACCAGCAUCCACAAUGUACCAAGCGUGAGUUUGCCAUUGGUGGCACCAAAUAACUCACAUAUUGCAUCUGUGGCACCAAACAACACACAUAUUGCAUCAAGCACCACGCACAAUAUGCCAGUCACUAGCAUGCAAAAUAGGCUCAGACCGAUAACCCCAGGAAUUAACUUUUCCGAGCCUUCUCCCAAUCUUGUCGGCAGAGCAGGGCAUGUCAACAGACCGGAAUAUGUUGCAGCCCCUAUGUCAACAACUAAUAGUGGGGUAGCUUACUACCCUCCACCAGGCAGAAUUGGAGGUGUCCCAAAUCCGCAGCCUGCAGCACAUGAUAUUGUACGGCCCCCAUCCCAACCCGUUACGAAGGAUAUAAACUACUAUAAGAGCCUGAUCAAGCAACACGGACACGGAGGAGAUGGGGCUCAAGAAACGACACAAUACGGUGGUAGUAGAAAUAACCACCAUUUACACCCACAACAAGUCAGAGAACCUUCACCAAAUAUUGUUGGGAGAUCCAGGGACUUGAAAACUAAAGUAAUGAAGCCCUGCAUUUAUUACAACACUGCAAGGGGUUGUCGGAAUGGUGCAAAUUGUGCAUUUCAACAUGAUGAUCCAUCAGCCCCGCAAAGAGUUAGCGGUGGUUUGCCAGAUUCUCAGAGUGCAAAGAGAAUGAAAAUGGAUAGGGAGAUUACCGGUACAUAAUAGUUGCAGUUAGCAUCUCCAUGUACAUCUUUCUUUUUGGUUAAAAGUGGGAUGCCUAAUUUUGGUUCGAUCUUUUUUCUUUGAAAUUUCUUUUUAGCUAGAUUGAAAAAUCAAUUUUGAAGCUUUAUCAUAAACCUAUAUCGAUUGAGAGAAUACUCAAAACUAUUUUCAUGAGGCGUUCAGCCGGCAUUAUGGGUCGGCAUUUUCAUUUACUCCUCCUUAAUUGUAUUGUUUUCGUGGCUUCUUUCAAAGGAAAGGCUUCUGGUAAGGGGAUAUUAUAAUAGCAUCUGGUAAUGGGUUGUAUUUUACUAAUACAGAAAAACUGUAUAAACACGUCUCAAGAUACAUUAGUGCGUGUGAUUGUAUUGAUUUCUUGAAAGAGUAGUGAUAGAUAUAAGGAAAAAUUAUAAAGAAACUUUAUAAAGAAUAAUGUGUCAUUCA